AUGAUCGGAUUGGUUGCGAUGAAGAACCUCAUCGAGCAAGGUCUGCAAGUCACCGCGAUCGAACAAAACGAAUUCAUCGGCGGAAACUGGCAUCUCAGUCCCAGGAAGGGACAGACCACUGCGCUUCCCUGGACAUCAUUCAAUACUUCCAAGCAAACGGUAAGGAUUGCCUUCCACGAUUUCUGUCUUCCCGCGGUCGGCACCAACUUACGAGGUCAUCAGUGCCACUACACAGACUUUCCUUUCCCAAAGGAUGUUCCUACUCAUCCACCUGCCAAGGACGUCGAGCGCUACCUCGAAGCGUAUGCGGACAACUUUGAUCUGAAGCGCCAUGUGCAAUUCUCGACGAAGGUCACCAAGAUCGAGCGCGAUGAUGAUGCCAACAAAUGGACGAUUUAUACUCGCAGCACCAAGUCAGAUACUGAGAACGCAGCCGAAGAACAACAGAUAUUUGAUCGCAUAGUCAUCGCGACCGGUAUUCUCAAUGUGCCUGUCAACGUCAAUAUCAAGGGAAUCGACAAAUUCGAAGGAGAGGCGGUGCAUUCGAGGGAUUUCAAGGAGCCCAAUCGCUACGAAGGUAAAAAUGUUUUGAUUAUGGGCGUCGGAGCCACUGGUGUCGAUACACAGUCAUUCUUAAAGAAGGCCAACGCGAAGUCAAUUUACCUCAGCCACCGUGGCCAAUAUUACUUGCACCCGUCAUUCAUGUCCCCUCGUAAAUUGGAUGGAGUCGAGCAUCGCAUCCCUACGUUUUCCAACGACCUGGCGGAUAACCUUCGGGAUGGCUCAGUGAAGGCGGUUACGGGAGUCAAGGAGAUCACAGGACCCAAGUCUGUCACCCUGACUGACGGUACCGUGCUUGACGAUAUCGAUGCCAUCGUAGUCUGUUCCGGAUACCACUACGAUUUCUCCCUCAUCAAAGGCGCCGGAAACCCCACCGACCCCAAGAAGGCCCCCGACAACUACAAGCGGAUCAAUGCGGCCAAGUACAAGGACCCUCACGACACCCUACCCCGUCUUUAUCGCGGAUUCAUCUCUGAGCAAUACCCGGAGUCUCUCGCCGUGCUCGGGCAUUUUCUCAUCAUGGGCCCCCCAUUCGUGGUCUACGAUCUUGCAACGAUGGCACUGAGCAGUCUCUGGUCCGGUCAAGCGCCGAUCCCCGACCAGAAGGAGAUGGCGCGAGACAUCAAUGCCCACUACGACAUGGUUGUGGAGACUCUCGGGCGCGGGCCGGUGCCGCACAUGGGUGCCCGGAUGUUCGGCAGUGACACCUUCAUCUGGUUGAACAAAAUUGCCGGUACCGGGGUGACUGAUCGCCUGCUAUGCUUCAGCCUUGACGCAUGGAAGCUCUGGUGGAAUGAUCGAAAGUUCUACAACUUGCUUACGGAUGGGGUCAAUUCGCCGCCGUUGCUCCGUCUGUUUGACACCGGGAGGGGCCGGAAGACUUGGCCCGGCGCCAAAGAGGCCAUCAUAGCGAACAACGAAGACGUGAAGCAGCUUGGCGAGAAAUGGAAACAAGAGCAAGACAAGAAGACAAAAUAG